UCUGUAGAGCCUGGACAGUUACUGAUCAUCUGAGAAGAAAUAAAAGCUUAAAACAGACUAUUAAAUAGCAAAUAAUUAUGCAGCACAAAUCAAAUGUGAAUAUUAAUGUGCAAUACACCAUACGUUUAUUAUAAGCUACUGAUUGAAACAAGCAACACAGAAUUAUGUAGAGCAAUAAAAAAGGAACAUUAAUGAUGGUAAUAAUGUUUAGUCGAUCCAUCCUCACAUCCACCCACCUGACUAUUUAUGACAACACAAAGAAAACAAUACAGUUUACAAGCUAUGCAAUUUACUGAAGUGUUUUCACAUAUUCCUCUGCAUUCAUUCAGCCCACAGAUAUGAGCUCUUGUAUUGUGUAUCCAAGUGUGGAAUAAAGUAAAUAAAGCCUGCAGUCUUGUGGACUAAAGUCUGCUCUCUUGUUGUGCUCGUGUCCCUGACAUGAGGAAACAGCGGCCCCCACGGGCAGACAGAGGAACAGCACCUCACUGCUCUCAUGCUUUAAGAUUUGCCUGCUUUGUUAUGUGGAAUAAUGAUUUGCCUGCACUGUGCAAGCCAUACAUUAACACAACUCCUAGAGCAUAUGUAAAGAUGCAUUUGAUUGCAAAAGUAGUUGUAUGUGUAACACAUUACUAUUGGUUAAGUUCCAUUGGCUUCCAUGUAGAUUUGUAAGAGUGCAACGUGUUUAGCCUCAAAUUGCAUCAUUUUGUACCCAAUAUGGACUACAAUUUGGAUAUUCUUCAAUUUAGAAAGGAUUCCUGUACAUAGCUGCCAGCUUGCGCCUCUGAUGGUACCCGAGAGAGAGAGAGUUGGGGGGAGAGAGAGAGAGACCCAUAGAGAGGGAGAGGGAGAGGGAGAGAGAGAGAGAGGUUAGCAGCUCCAGAUGGUGUUUAAACGCAGACAGAAGGCUACAGCGAGGACAGAGAGAGGAGGAGGAGGAGAGAGCCGCGGUGAAUGCGUACAGUCAGCUUUUCAGCUCCGCUCAUCAGUAAAGACAAAACAAGUGUUAAAACCUCAAAUCGUGAAUUGACUGCUGCGAAAGAAAACGUGUUAAUAUCCCAAGCUGACCGUGAUUUCCUGCGGGAGAAGUGGAUCUCUUUACAGCACCAUCUGAAGACAGGUCGGCGGAGGAUCGGCGUGUCGGCGGCGGGGAAGGACCGUACACAGAAAACGUGGUGGUAGAGCAGCCUGUAGAAACGGUGUUUUUGCAACAGAAAAGGAGCAGAAAUGAUCUCCCCGGAUGUAUAAGAAGUUGUUCCUGACACCACGGACUGCGACUGGACUGUGAACUAAAGAAGAGGGGGUUUAAAGUUGUCACAGGAGGCAUGAUAGACGCACCCUGCAGACAAGAGGAUCCGCAUCUUUAUCAUUUGCGUUUUCACAUGGAAGACUUUAGGAUUUGUGGAAAAAGUAGCGACCGGUUAAUAAUUGUGUCUGCCUAAAAAAAGACCAGAAAGAAUUUGUUUGCAGUUCAAGCAGUAUUUUAUAUUUUGUUGCUUUUAUCUGGGAUGGUUAAAAUGAGAAAAAGAGCGGAUUUACAUGACUUGGACAAGUUGUGAUUUUCUCAUCACCGUCAACACCGUCUUGCUUUAAAAAACAAAAUAAAAAAAACACAAACUGCAAAACCAAAGACAUCAUUGAGGAUCCAAAAACCCAUGUUUUGAUUUUUAUUCCUUCCUUUUUCGAUAUCUGCAAAGAGAAAUACCUCAUUAUUUAUUAUAUCUCUUUUGAACCCCCAAAGGAAAGUCAAACACCAUUUUUUUUUUGUUAGACUGGCUUCUGCUUCCUCUCACUAUUUAAGAAACAAAGCAACAAAAAAAAGGAAUAAAACCUGAAUGGUUUCCCGCACUAUCUAGCAAAGGCUUUAUCUUUUUCCCAAAUAAUGAGGAGUGAGACGAUAAAAAAACUGUUUUAGAAACUUCUUGGUGUGGAUUAUCACCACUACGGUUACCUCAGCUUGACCCCGACCUUCACAAAGUAGCAGAGUGCAGAAGGUUGGAACAAUGCCAGAUUCACCUGCGGAUGUGAAAACCCAACCCAGGUCCACCCCACCCACCAUGCCUCCUCCACCCCCGGCUGUUAGCCAGGCAUCCAAUCGUAAUGCUUCAUUCACCCCUGCUACCAGUAAAUCAAUGCUGAAUGGAAGCAGCCACUCUCCUACAUCGCUGAACGGUGCUCCGUCCACUCCUAACGGCUUCAGUAAUGGGCCGGCCAUGUCUUCGACGGCUUCACUGUCCAACCAGCAGCUCCCGCCAGCUUGUGGCGCCCGGCAGCUCUGCAAACUGAAGCGCUUCCUAACCACGCUGCAGCAGUUUGGCAACGACAUAUCGCCUGAGAUCGGGGAGAGAGUGCGCAGCCUCGUGCUGGGACUGGUGAACUCCACCCUCACCAUCGAAGAGUUUCACUCCAAACUUCAUGAGGCCACCAACUUCCCUCUGAGGCCGUUCGUCAUUCCCUUCCUGAAGGCAAACCUGCCCCUGCUGCAGAGAGAGUUGCUGCACUGUGCCAGGUUGGCCAAGCAGACUCCAGCUCAGUACCUGGCCCAACACGAGCAGCUUCUCCUGGACGCCAACGCCAGCUCGCCCCUCGACUCCUCCGAGAUCAUGUUGGAGUUGAAUGAGCACGGCAAGAGAAGGACCCCUGACAGGACAAAAGAGGGCUCAGAGAGAGACGGCAUGCACCCGGAGCACCAUGCUAAGAGGCCCUGCACCAUCAGCCCCAGUCAACGCUUCAGCCCCAGCACAGGUCUUCCUGCUCACCCGCCUCCCAACGGCCUCCCCAACCACCCUCCCAACGGCCUACCACAUCCACCCAACCCCCAAAUGGGACCCCAACACUAUCGCUUAGAAGACAUGGCCCUGGCGCACCAAUACAGAGACGCUUACAGACAUAAUGAACACCGCGACACCCGAGACAGGCACAGGCCGACAGCAGUGCAUGGAGCCCGCCAAGAGGAGGUGAUUGACCACCGUCUUACUGAUCGAGAGUGGGCAGAGGAAUGGAAGCACCUAGAUAAUAGUGACUUUUCAACUCAUCAGCAUCCUGUCCCAUUGCAGCUCCUGAACUGCAUCAUGGACAUGGUGGAGAAGACGAGGCGCUCUCUGACGGUUCUGCGGCGCUGCCAGGAGGCCGACCGGGAGGAGAUGAAUCACUGGAUCCGGCGUUACAGCGACGUGGAGGAGAUGAAAAAAGGUGGGAGCAACGGACAGCACUGCCUUCCUCCUCCUCCUCUUCCUCCACCUCCUCCUCCUCCUCACCACAACUCCUCCUCCAACACAGCUAGCAGCAGCGAGUCACUGCCCGUAGGAACUCCCUCGGCUGCUGAAAGGCAGACAGGCAGACAGACAGAGAUCCACAGAGACUUCUUACACAGGCCUCCAUCAGGAUACCUGCCAGAAGAAAUCUGGAGGAAAGCCGGUACUACAAGCAUCCCACUAUCCCCGGCACUAAAACACCUUCAAAACAGGCAGGAGGAGGCCGUGAACGAGGUGAAGCGACAGGCGAUGUCAGAGCUGCAGAAGGCGGUGUCAGACGCCGAGAGGAAAGCUCAUGAGAUGAUUUCAGUAGAACGAUCUAAAAUGGAGAGGGCGCUGGCCGAGGCCAAGAGGCAAGCCUCUGAGGAGGCACUCACAGUCAUCAAUCAGCAGGAGGACUCCAGUGAAUCUCACCAGAGCUGCUGGAACUGCGGGAGGAAAGCCAGUGAGACGUGCAGCGGCUGCAACACGGCUCGCUACUGCGGCUCCUUCUGCCAACACAAAGACUGGGAGAAGCACCACCAUGUCUGUGGUCAAGGCCUGCAAGGGAUGCCAGGGAGCACCCCCUCCUCCUCCACAGUGUCCUCCAGUGCGCCUCCCACCCACUCGGAGAGCACCCCUCCAGGAGCCUUGUCCUUGACAGGCCAGAGUAGUAUUGUGGGAGGGGCUGUCAGCGGCAGUGGAAGUAUGUCUGCGAGUCCCAAGGAGAGCAGCUCCAGCAGUGCCUCUCGCUCCACAACUCCAGCCACCCCCGCCCUGCUGGAUGCCACUUCUCGCUGACGUCUGACGCUUGUCCCCUCCCUGAAUACUGAUGCGACUGUGCUCACACUCCACACAAAACCAAACUGAGGAAUCUUCAUCGCACACUGCUCCCUUUCCUCUCCCCCGACUACUUAUUUCCCUGUUACUCUAAGCUCUUCUGGGAAUCUUCUCACUACCUGAUGAUAGACUUUAACCGUUCAUCUUUACCCAAAAAAUAAUUGUUCUGUCUUCGUUCUUUCACAACUACAGCCACAAAUACAAAGAUUCCAGCCUGGCGUUCAGUGUAGUGAAAAGCACGAAAAGUGUCUCCUAUCUGAGUUCAGUCACAGACUCAUAUCGGAUGUGUUUGAUGAAAAUUUGACUUGAAGAUGUGCCCUAAGUUAUUGAACACGUUGAACCUGUCUACACAAGACAAGUGCUUUAGUAAGGCAAUAUUAAUAGGGGGAUGGCUAGGCUGAUUAGCACUUGGAUUGGAUUUCCCUUUAAUUUAGCACCAAUGAGAGAUCAGUAGUCAGCCCUGAGAUGUGUACUACCAGUGCAAACAGCUCGCUGAUGUGGCACUUAUUCUAAAGUGAAUAUCUUUUUUUAAAGAGACGAGGGAAGGGAAAAACCGUGAUGCGACUUAUUCCUCAAAAACUCAGCUUAGUAUUUAUUCAAAUGUUUCUUUCUGGCUUUAAGGUAAAACAAAGAAAAGUCCAAAUAUUCUAAAUGAAGAAUAGUAGUGAUGGUGAUGCUGAUGUUGACGAUAAUAAUGAUAUGAAAAUAAAUUUAAACUGCUAACUACCUUGCUAGCGAGCCAAGAAAAAUCUACACCGGACUCACCUCUCUAUACCAUUGUGAACCCAAAUGAAUUCAAAGAUGAAAAAUAACAUGAUCCAAACCUUUGUAUUACACUGCCAAAGUGAGUAAGUAAGCGAUAAGGAGAAGCACUCAUCUUAUAACCAAACGCAAAGCAACAUCACCUCCUCAGCAGAUAAGUCAGCCCUGAGAGGACCAGGCUGCAGAGGAGCUGCAGAAUGGGAGAUAUUCAGACAUUUAAAAAUACAAACUGUGACCUGCUUUGAUCUGCAGCUGCCUCCUGCAGUCUGGACAAAACUAUAACAAUCCCUCAGUGACGGCCCAGACUCGUGAAAAUGGACAAUGCUGUGAACUUGCCUACAAGAAAGACUUAAUUCAAUGGAUGGAAACCCUGCCACAGUGUGGUUUUUUGAAUGGUAAUUAAGAGGACAAAAAGAAAAAAAGAGGGAAGUAAAAGCUACACAGCCUCAAAGAAGGUGACCAUACAAACACGGCGUAGGAGCUGCCAAAAACCUCAAAACAAGCUUGAAAACAUUGUUUGUGAGUCAUUUUCUAAAGCUCUACAACGAGGAGAUAUUUCAAGGAAUUGCUGUUACCUUUACAUUCACUCCCUCCUUUUCCAAAGCAUGAUAAACUGAUGACAGAGCCUAGUGAAGGGCGUGUAGACUUGGUUCUCCUCUCUCUUUCUACCUCCCCUCACCCAACACCUCCCUUCUACGCUCUUCCCCGACUUCUGACUGGCCCUAUCCCUGGCCUGCUCCGGACAGAGCCUCUGAGCAGUCACGUGGGAAGGGUUCGAACCUGCUUGUAGAUAUUGUUCCUCUUUUCAAAUUUCAAUAAUGUCUCUUGUCGCUGAUGUCCACAUGUGCUGCCCUUGUGUAUAUCCAGAAAUACAGACUUUGUUUUGGUUUUGUUACUUUUCAUUUUCCUCCUUUACGUUCGGACGGAGCAGUGAAGUCAGAGCAAGGAGGACUGUUGCUAAUGAGAGGAAGCCCCACAUUGUACUUAUUGUUUGAUUUGUUGUAUCUAUAUUAUUGAGAUGAAACCCCUCUUGUAGAAUAUUUUGUAUUGCUCGCAUUGUAAGACAGUGAGAGGACAGAGGUGCAAUAUGAAGAGAAUUCAGCUACUGAAUGGAACCUCAGCAACUGCCCAUAGGGUGUCAUAUAAUAUAGAUACAUAUAAAUAUAUUUAAAGUAACAUCGGUAACUUAAUGUGAAUGUACAUAGUAUUUAAAGAGGUCCAAAAAUGUGUUUGCCAAAUAACAGAAACCUUUAAAGUUUAAUGUCCAGAAUAUGAUUUUCUCACAGUACAUUUAUUUCUAAACAUUUCUCAAAUGUCCUUUUCUUUCUCUCAUACUAUUUUAACCCUUUCAACUUUCACUCAAAUCAAAGUGUCCCUGAGUGGAGGAAACUGUUGGUAACAGGGGUAAAGUGUCAUAAUGCAGCUGAAAAUGGAUGAAAACAGAUUUAAGGGUGAAUGGACACUACAAAACUUCCAGAACAUAUUUUGUAUUAGUUUAUUAGGCCUUAAUUUACAAUAUUUGAGAAAUACAAAUCAUACUGCACCACAAAAAACCUUUGACAAAAUUAAUAAAAUGUAUUUGACUUUAAUCUGAUUAUUUUAUGCAAUGGUAAAAUAAUCCAUGCUUCAUUCACCCCAGGUCAGUUUUCAUCCUGCAGGAGGGGCCUCAACAGUGUAUCGAUAAAAAAAAGCCCAACUAUAUUUAAUAGUUACAAAAAAAAGGAAGGAAAUAGUGGUGGUUCAGUUUCAAAUUUGGAUAAUUCAAAAAUAAUCAGGAAUUGUAAUACUUAUAUAUUCUAUUAUGUCAUGUGUUCUCUUCCUGCCACUGACCCUCUAUUUCUUUUAGUCCUCAUCAUCAUAUUGUGGUGUGUGUGUGUGUGUGUGUGUGUGUGUGUGUGUGUGUGUGUGUGUGUGUGUGUGUGUGUGUGUGUGUGUGUGUGUGUGGUGUGUGUGUGUGUGUGUGUGUGUGUGUGUUGUGUGUGUGUGUGUGUGUGUGUGUGUGUGUGUGUGUGUGUGUGUGUGUGUGUGUGUGUGCGCGUGCGUGCUUAGGAGUAUUUGUUUCACCCAAGGUGCAGGAUAAGCCAUUACAUAAUAUGCCAGUAUUAAGCUACAGUAAACCUCUAAGCUAAUUUUGAUACCUGAUCUUUUUUUUCAAUUUUAACCGAUUAUUGUUUAUUUCAACAAAAAAAAUCUCCAACCUUUUUCCAUAUAUUUCCACAUUCUCAAGGAAUGUGAUCACCUCUGUUUAACACAAUUAUGUAAAGCCCCAGACCUUUACUUACAGUAAAGCAAUAGACGGCAUGCAGCAGCCUUUGUCAAACAAAUGUAAGAUUGAUAAUCGUAAACUCCCAAAAGUUGGCUUCAUUUACAGUUGGACCACAGACCUUUGUUGUAGCAGUGACUGGCAUAGGAAAAUUGUUCAUCAACAUCUCUACUAAGUUAAUCAUUUUAUUUGGACUAUCUGCGAUACAUAAUUCAAACUGCAAGGUACCCCUGCAUCUGUGUGUAGCAUUUAUGUAUGUGUGUUAUAAUUACUUGGAUAUGUUGUUGGCCUCAGCCUUCUUGUGUCAUUUUCUCCUUAUCCCCAAUGUCUAUUUCCUCCACUUCUACCCCGCACCCUCUUUGUAACACCCCUUCACACUAGCUACCUCCUGUGACCAUACAGCUAACCACCAGGAGAGGUUGACCUGGACUUUGAAAAGCUUGGCUGAGAGCAGACGUGGAAAUGCACAUUCAAAGCAAUCAUAUAUAUCUGUCUAAACAUUUUAAAAUCAAAAAAAGUGUUGAAAGGAAUUGCCAUUACUCAUGAUGUGGAGGAAUAUGUAUUCCCACCAGACCUCAGCUGCCUGUUUGAUCACCUUCCACCAACUGAACUGCUGGGAUUUAGUAAUAGGUACACAUACAGUCAAACAUGCAUAUUACCAAACUGAACACUCAACCAUUGACAUGCCAUUUGUUGUCCAAAACCAAUAAAAGCACAGACCAAAGUACUCUAUUGCCAUAAUAGGCUUUGACACAGUGUGUAUUAACAGACCAGAAAUAAUAAGGUUAGAGCUCCACUACACCAGGUAACCAAAGUGUCUGAAAUACACACAAUCAGGGCACAAGAGUGAAGAGCAUGCUUAAUGAACCGGCUGACUUUCAAAUGUGUAGAGUUAUUUUUCAAGCAAUCAAAGCGCUUGUUGUCUACAUAUUGACUAGUGCUUCUAUAAAAGAUAAUAGAAGCUUCUCCUUAAGAAAAGCCUACUGAUUGCGUGUUCUUACAGUUACAAAGCCUUGCAGAGAUAAAAUGAAUGCAUGGUGGGUGUGUGUUUGUGUGUGACUGGUGGUGUGUGUGUGUGCGUGUGUUUUUGUAAAAAAAGGAAAAACAUUUGCUUCUUGUCUCUGUACAAACUACUUGAAACUUUCAGAGCUUUAAUGAAACAUCCCAGACAGACUAUGGUGGCAUAUCUAUUCACAAUAUAUAGCAACAGCUUUGUGCAGUACAAUACUGUGUUUGCGUACAAUAUUCAAACAACAUUUAAUGGCAGUUCCAUUCAACUCCUCAAUGCUUUUGAUUGUGCAUCCUUGUCUGCAAGUAAGCCCUUAGAAAAACUAAACAAAACCAAACAUAGUAACCACUUAUAAAUGACCAAAAUACAACCAAAAUAUACAACUUUUCUUUUAGAUUUCAUGUUGGUUAAGGGAUUUGUGUUAUUGUCCCGGCAUUAGAACUUCAACACGGUUGAUUGUGUGGGUGUCCUUCACUGAGAUUAUCCCUCCUGAUUUAAUUGAAAAGGAAACAAAAGAUCAAUGUUCUGUUCAGCUGGGUGCUAGCUUCCUUAAUUUAAGAAACAAACGAGAUGUGUUAUAUUCUUUUCUCUGUACAGAUAAUACAGAUGGCAAAUGCAUAAGGGCUCUGCUUUUGUGAAUAUUAUCCAAGGGUCUCCGAACACUUUACACCACCCACUUUUCUGUUACUAUGUACAUGAUAUGGGCAAAACGCAUGUUUAGAAAAGGCAAAGAAUGGCAGGUUGGCAUUUGUAUCUACUUACCCCAACCAAUAACUCUACCAAUGAAGUUUCAAGACUCAUCUGAUGACACAUCCUUCCUGUGAAACAGGCACUGAUGAAGAAAGCUAAAGUGGCAAACAGUGGGUACAGCACUUGUUUUCCCUAAAGCUAUGGCUCAGGAUGGCCCUGUUUAUACCUUUACAUAAAUGGAAACAAAGGUUUAUGUUUUGUUAUGUGUAGGGAGGCAUUCUAUACUGUAUUGUGCAAUACAUUAUUACAGAAAAAGCAUUGUUCUGUUGGAGAGGUUGGCGCCUUGAAGAUCUUUCUCCUUUUGUUUUAUUUCCCUCUUCAAUAAGGUAAUGUUACCGUUUUUAGAUGAAGUUAACUGUGCCAGAAGAAUUCAAUUCUGAUUUGUAUUUAUUUCUUGCAUGCUUUCCUCCCUGUUGCUAAUACCGCUCUUUAACUGUUCGCUCUGUUGGAUGUGUGAAGCUGUAAAACAUUCUAAUUCAGGUUAUUGUCUGUGUUGAACAAUGUAACUGUGUAAUUAAAACAUGAAAUGAAGUAUU